AUGUCCAUGUCAAUGGGUGACAUGCCCGCGGGCUCAAUGUCCAUGGGCGAUGGCGUUCCCAGCCUAUUUACGUUACAGAAAAUGUACUGGGCUGUCGCGGGAAGUGCCAUCGGUGCAGCGACACUGGUCAACGUGCUGGAUCGCAUCAUUGCUCGGCAACGGCUGCGCGAUUCUUCACUCACACCUGCAAAACCAAAAUCAAUAUUCUUCGGAAUCUACGCCACCAUCACAGCAAUAGUGCGCGAGGUCAGCUAUGCAACUAUACGACCUCUCAGAGUCGGGGCGUUCACUCUCCAUUUCCCACCACUUGGUCCUGUCCUAAUCGUGCUCGCAAAUCUGCUUACGGUUAUGGUCCUGUGUUUUUAUAAACUGGACACAAUGGAUCCAUGGAAUUGGGAGAAUGUCGGUUACCGCACAGGUUUCAUUGCCAUUUGCCAGCUACCACUCAUAUUUCUCCUCGCAGGCCGACAGAAUAUCAUUGGUUUCUUGGCUGGAGUGAGCUAUGUCGAGCUAAACUGGUACCAUCGCUGGGUUGCUCGUACACUAUGGCUGACCACCACAAUCCAUAUGGUGUUCUGGUUCCGUAAUUGGGCUCGCUGGAACUACAUCACUUACCAGCUGUACAACGACCCGCUGACGAAGCGUGGGUUCGCCGCUUGGGUGAUUCUGACCUUUAUCGUGAUCACUUCGUUUGCUCCAAUUCGACGACUGAGUUAUGAGGUCUUCGUUAUCCAGCAUCUAGUCACCUUUGUCGGAUUCAUCGUGGCCGUGUGGAUGCAUGCGCCCGAAGAAGUCAAGGUCUGGGUAUGGAUCCCCAUUGGCCUAGUGGUAUUUGAUCGGGUUGCUCGCUAUGCCUGGAGUGCAUAUGCGAAUUUGUCCAUUUUCCAUCGAAAUGAAGAGAGAAAGGGUCUCUGGGCGCACGAGGCUACUUUUACUGCACUUCCCGGAAACGUGACUCGCGUCACGGUUGACAACCCCGGGGUCGGAUGGAAGCCUGGCCAGCAUGUUUUUCUCACCUGCCAUUCCAUCGUUCCACUGCAAUGCCACCCUUUCACUAUUGCAUCAAUUCCAGAGGAUAAGAAGAUGGAGUUCUUUAUCCGGGCGGAGAAUGGGGGAACACGACGGUUUUUCCGAUAUGCCUCGAAGAGCCACAGUGUACUGGGGAAUGACAAAGUUGAUACCGCGUCCCGUCGGACUAUCUUCAUUGAAGGGCCAUAUGGAAGCAUCCGGUCCCUGCGUCAGUUUGAUAGCGCUGUCCUGUUGGCAGGUGGUAUGGGAGCAACAUUUGUCAUCCCUCUCCUGAGGGAUGUUGUCUUGGCUUGGAAAAUGGAGAGUGGCCAGCAGGCUGCCACUCGCACAGCUCGUCUGGCUGCCACCAAGCGGUUGCGCUUCGUCUGGGUGAUCAAGUCCCGUUCCCAGCUGUCCUACUUCGAGGAACAACUGCAAUCUCUGCUGGCAGACGUGGAAGGAUGUCGGCGCACAUGUCCAGACUUUGACAAAGAGAUUGAAGUGAGCAUCUAUAUCACUUGUGAUGAUAAGCUGGACCCGCCGACCGCUACCUUGCUACCACUGCAGACAAAGGAUACCGCCACUUUCAAGGAUACCACGGAAGGUGCGGCUAAGGAGGUAUCCGAGAAAGGCGACGUACCUGCUUAUUCCGUCUCUGUGGAUUCAGUAUCAACUCCAGGCCCUGUGCUCACAGGUCAGGGCUGUCUCCCUGGUGGAGGUUGUUGUUGCACUACCCAAAUCGAAGACGAGGAUGACAGUACCGGCUGUGCCUGCAAUUGCUCCGGACCAACAGCCGUUCAGUCCGAAAAAGGCGAAUCAGGUGUGAACUCGAUCCGAAAUCAGACCUCCACCGCUGAAAGACCAAUCGCUCUCCAUACCCUCACUGGCCGUCCCACACCACGAGUCAUCAUCCAAAAAGUUCUGGAAAAGGCCGAAGGAGAAAGUGCUGUGGUUGUGUGUGGGCCUCGUGGUCUUGCCGACGACGUUCGUCGCAGCGUGGUUUCUCUUAGUGAUGAACGAGCUGUGCAUAAGGGGACUGGUGCGCAGGGCAUUUAUUUGCAUGUUGAGAACUUUGGACUGUGA